AUGCUAACUUGCUGUAGAGCUUUCCUCCGUCACCUUAGUGAUUUCAAGGCCCCUGUGAAGUCUGAGAAUGAGGAACAUAGUAUAUCGGGCCUUAUGAAGGCCAUCCUGCAACAUGCCAAAAAAACUGUCCAUUUUAAUGAUGACUUAGAGAGGCAUCCAGGUGGCAGCGAUGUAUGCGUGAAGCUGAAGGCUAUAGAUGAGGAUAAUGUGGACUUUUAUACACCAGUGAUGAAAAACGAGGAUGGCUUCGCUAUUGAAAUCGACAAGGAGUUUGGUGAUAAAGUGGGCUCAGCUGACGAGGUGCAGGACAACUGGAAGAGUGCCAACAUUCUCCCCCUCUUACUUGAGCAUCACCUUCGAUUUGCCGGGUGGCAUCGUGGAGUACCAUGCUUGGAUAAGUCACUGCCAUCCAAUUGGACGCCACGUGAAACUGCCCGUUGCUUGUUGCAACUCUCUCACACCAUUCCAGCCCAGAGGUUGAGAGUCGAGACCAUGACCGAAGAGGAAUAUGUGGAACGCGAGGUAGUGCACUGGGCUCCAGACCCAAAGGGUGAGGUUCGAUCUUAUGUAUUGCCCGAAGAUCAGGUCUUGACAAUUGGAGGAUCUUACACAAUCCCUCACUUCGAUCUAACAACGCAGAGUGAGAACGAGGUCCUGAUGAUGGAAGAAUCUUACACGGCACCCAGCACCCCUCGCUUCGAUCUGAUGCCACAAAGCGAGGACGAAGCCCCGAAGAUUGGGGCAUUGCACACCAUGCCUCACUUCAAUCUGAAGCCGCAAAACAGAAGAAGCAUCUCCAGAGAGGGAGGAUGCAGUGCCUCUCCCGCAGUGGCCAUCACGCAAUUUAAUCUGAUGCCCCAAAGCGGGAAUAGCAUGAGUACCGCCAUUCUUCCCAUUGAUCCUUUGCUGCAAAAUGGGGACAAUAUUCUGGCGAAGCCAAGGGGUGGAACGAUGGACCGAUCCCCAAGAAUGGCGUCUAUUCCACCGAUUAAGGUGAUUAACCCAACACCCCAAAGCAGCCCGAUUAAAGGGCAGUCAGGAUUGAGGGAGAAGAACAACGGCGUCAGCUAUCUCACUGUCAAGAAUGAACAUGACUCUCGCUCACGUUCAGAAUCUCCUUCCUCCACAGCAAGUACAAAUGGAGAGCCCAUCACCUAUGACCACCUCCUUAGGUGUGCACAGAACGGGGUGUGGAGGGCGGCUAUAAAGGCUGCCACGAUCCUUUGUUCGGAAGCACUCGAGAGUCAAGAUGUUGAACUCCUGGUUAAGGUCGAUGUCAUUGCUGAGCAAAUUAAAAGCAAACAGUCACCACUCGACGAGCCAGAUGUUUCCUUGCAUUGGCAGCUCAUUAAUGAUGCUGGGGAAGAACUUCUUCUAAAUAAAGGGGCUGAUGUUGGGAAGGUUGCUAGGUCAGUAGCUCAGCUUCUUGACGAGGCAGAGGCCAGCGAAGAAAGGGAUGGGGUAAUGGACAAAUGGAUUGCCAGGCUGCCACGCAGGGCGCCCUGA